AUGAAGCCCGUUGUCCUCCUAGUUGCACUGUUGCUCUGGCCCGCGUCCCUGCUGGCAUUUCCAAGCAUUACUGUGUCUCCCGACGAAGAGCAAAACUUGAACCGCUACGUACAAGUUUUAGAAAACCUACUACUCAGCGUUCCCACUCGGGAACUUGAGAAAAAAUCAAAGUCUCCAAAACAUGUUUAUUCUGCCGGAGUGAGGUCAUUACUAGAGGAGGCGGCGAGCACCCCCGGCGAGGGGUUGGGCAAGGACGCCCUACCCAGUCCUUCCGGCGAGGAGAGCACGGCCCACCCCGCCAGAGAGCCCACGCGGCGGCCGGGGAGGAGGAAGCGCCCACGCACCACCACUGUGUUCUGGACCAUCAAGCCCAACAACGUGUCUGUGGUUUUACGCGCAGACGAGCCGUACAUUGAGAAGGAUGACCCCGAGCCAGAACCGGUGGCCAAGCCCAAGGCACCGCCCAAGUUGCCACCAGCACCCAAGCCGGAGCCCCAGCCCGAGCCCGAGCCCGAGCCAGCGCCCCGCGUGAGUGUGACCAAAGCCCCCCGGGCUUCCACAAUCGUCACCCACACCUGGACCACUUCCCACAUCACCACGGCAACCAAGCACUCCGAGAUGGACUCAGAGGACGUCCCCCAGCUCUCGGGCGAGCUGGCCACGAGAUUUGGGGAGCCACUGGAGCCCCACUCACACACUUUGAGCAAUGAUGACAUUUUGAGGAAAAUUUCAGAGAUCAGCGCAGAGGUGCAUCAUGGACCUCUGGGUGACAGCAACAACCCCGAAUACCGAGAGGACAUUAAGGCCUCCAGGGAGCAGCUGCAGCGGAGCCUGGCCCUGGCGGCGGCCGCUGAGCACAGGUUACAGAAGAUGCACAGGUCACACGUGUUCUUUGGAGGACGAUCCAACCAUGGAGUCAAGGACAUGGAAACGGUCAUUAACACACUGUAUAACUCCAGGUCUAAGUUGUCAGAAUAUUUAAACAUCAGAUAUGUCCCACCAGAGAUGAGAGGGAAGGUCACCACAGUACUUCAUACUUUGAGAAAAAUCUUGUGUUCCGGUCAGAUGGAAACCCAAAACCUUAUUAGGAAGUUACUAAGCAACAAUAUAAAAAUCCUAAACCUACUUGACAUUCCAUCACAAAACAGACUUAAUGCAAAACUGCAUUCGCGCACAAGAAACUAA